AAAAGUUUGAAAAUAAAAAAUGUUUUCACUAAAUUUUUUAGAAAACUUUUUAUAAUUCUAUUUAGAAAAAUAUAACUAAUAGUUACAAUAAAUUAAGAUUAAAACAUACUGAAGCAACAAAAUACAAAAUACAUAUACAAAAAAGCUCUAUUCAUAUACAAAUAUUCAAAUAGCUUAUACAAUAAGUAUACAAAAAGAAUUAUAUAAUAAGUGACAAACACCAUAUUCAUCAAACUUCAUAUCUAUCAAGAACCAGAUACUACGAUAUUCAUAAAAAUUUUGGAUUGAAGAUGGGAAGCACGUUGUCAAUUAAAUCUGAUUCUGAUGAUAUUUGCAAAAACACUUGUGCCACGAUACCAGAAAACAUUAGUAUCGAGGACUGUUCUUUCGCUAAUACUAUCAUUGUUCCAUUAUCCCAUAGUGAUAUUUAUGCGCUUCAAGGAACAUGGUUAAAAGUGAAAGCACGUUGGUUUGAAAUUUGUACAAUUGCGUUCGAAAGAUGGCUUGUGGCUGAUCCUGAAAUAAGGACGUUGUUUAAAGGUCUUCCCGAUGAUUUACACUCUAAAGACCUAAUGAAACACAAUUCAUUGAAGAAACAUGCCUGCAUGAUUGAGAAAACCUUAGAUCAGGUUUUGCUUAUUUUAGACAAAAAGAAAGAGUUUGUGAACACGCUUAUCGAGCUUGGAAAGUUGCAUUAUAGAUUAGGAGCCAACCAUAAAUACACAAAGGGUCUAGCGCUAAGUUUGCAGUGUGCUGUUUGUCAAGAGGUUGAUAUUGAUAUCUCCGAAGAAAGUGCUUGGGACAGUUUAUUUCGAUUUAUGCUUGGACUUUUAAAAUUAGGAAUGAGGAUUGAAAUGAACAAACAACAGCAAAUAAAAAUUAUGGAUGCAGAUUGAAAUAAAAAUCAAGAACUAAUAAAAUUUAGAUAUUGACUUUUAAAUA